AUGAAAAUCGCAAACACCACGAACAAUAGUGAAGGCGUAACUACAGAAAUGAAGGGAUCAACUCUAACGAUGGGGUCUGGAAAACAAUCUCGUGUAUGGGCUUAUUUUGAAAGAAUGUAUGGUGAUCAAGGUUUACAGGCGAAAUGUUUAGUUAGCGAUUGUGCGAAAGUCCUGUCAACACCUCUGCAUUCGACAUCAACGUUGAUUCGACACUUACGUGAUGUUCAUAAAGUUGAUGAACUUAAGCCGAAGGAAAAGCUGGUAAAUCGUUCAACAGAUCAACGUAUACCAGUUAAGUUAAAGAAGAAAUUGGAUGGUGCAGUAGUAGCAGCAAUAAUUGAAGACGGGCGUAGUUUUGGGGAUUUUUCGAAAUCGGGUUUUCAAAAAUUUCUUCAGUUAGCUUUACCGGGUUAG